AUAUGUUUUCGUCUAUAUUGUAAUAAUUGUAAUGACUCUAAUCACAUUUUUAAUUAGUUUUGAUAUCAUUUCAACUGGAUUUGAACAUAGUUUUUACAGGACAAAUACUGAAUCAAAGUCACCACCACAACCUACAAUAGUAACAGAGAAUAAACGUAUAUUUUUUUUGAAAACACAUAAAUGUGCUAGCUCUACUGUUCAAAAUAUACUGAUGCGUUUUGGCCAUAUGGAGCACCUUGAUUUUUUGUUACCAAGUUUGAAUAAUUACAUAGGAAAUCCUAUACAUUUCAACACAAAUAUGAUAAGUGAUAAUUACUCCACUGCGGAUGGCAAGUAUGACAUGUUUAUMCAUCACACCAGAUAUUCCCAACAAAUAAAAUCUGUGAUGAGGUCUGGUACAAUUUACGUCACUAUUCUUCGGGAACCCUCUACAUUGUUUCAGUCAAUGUACUCGUUUUAUCAUUUUGAUAAAAAAUAUAAAUUCAAUUUAACUCAAUUUAUCUCCGAUAAGCUUUCAAACAUAUCGUCUGCAAACCAAAUAAAACGUUACAGUAACAAAUUAGGAAUAAAUCAAAUGAAUUGGGACUUGGGAAUGGAUACAAAUGAUUUUGAAAACAAUGAUUUGAUAAACAAACAUAUAAAUAUGGUAGAAAGAGAUUUUGACUUUGUAAUGAUAUUUGAAUAUUUAGAUGCAUCUCUUGUUUUAUUUGCACAUUUCAUGCAAUGGCCAUUAGAGCAAAUGGCUUACUUACCACUAAACAGCAGAAAUGAUACAUAUAAACAAAUAUUAUCAAAUGAUGAAAUUGAUCRGUUAAAACAAGUCAAUAAAGCUGAUAAUAUGUUAUACACCCGGUUUAUCCAAAAAUUUAAAGAAAUGAUAAACGAAUAUGGAAUAGAAAAGCUAAAAAAAGGAAUUAAAAGUUUAAUGGCCAUAAAUCAAGAAGUCUUCGAAAUGUGUGUACAAUCGAUGGCAAAUAAAGGUUAUGCUAAAACAAUGUCAUACAAAUUAAAAGCAAAUACAAAAACAAGGUGCAAGUAUAUUGCAAUGAACGAAUUGAAAUAUACAUCACAUCUAAGGGAAAUACAAUAUGAGAGGCAGAAGAAAUAUAAAGCACUGGAUAAAUUAAUGAAUAAUAAUUAAAUAUUAUAAAUUAUAUUAUCA